UCGGUUUCAGGUCCCCUAGCUCGCCCCAAGCUGAACCAUGGCCAUGGCCAUGUUCAAAUUCCUUGCAAUCCCAUGGGCCGCUUCCACCCUGGGCCUUGAGGGCCUUGAGUGCCAAGGUGAAGAUUGCGAUGGUUCGUCUCUUGCCCAACUUCAAGUCAAGCGGGCAGGGAAGCAAACCAAAGAGAAGCAAACCACCAAGGGGCAAGCCGCAGCUUGUGCCAACUGGCCCAAGUGUCAAGAGGAAAGCUCUUGCAACGGAUGCAAUAAGAUCGUUCACACCAAGCAUGCAUGGGAAUAUUUCAAGUGUGGCCAGAACUCAUGUUCGAAGUCUACUUUUGAGGUGGCCGGUGCUUCCAGCGUUGGGCCAUUUGUGUACUGCAACGGUGGUGCUUGUUGCGACUCCACAUUUACGAAGUUGACCCACAUGUACUGUGACGGUCACGGUCCGCGCAGUCGCACAUGCGAGGACAGUUCAAUGGCAUUCUUCUCCACUGAGUUCAAGGUGCCUCUCACCCUUUUUUGCGGCUGGUAUUCCUGCAAGGGGGUGUCUGUGACGGCAGGCAACAACUUACGCCUUACCGUCACUCUGGACGCUUCAAACCCCGAAUUCCCAAAGAGUAUCAAGAUGUCAGAAGGUUGUUUGGUGCUGAAGUGCUCCCAUGGGCCGUGCCCCAACACAUUUAUCAAGCAGAUCAACUUGGAGCUGGGAAGCAAGGUGAGCUGCGCAACAGAGAAUUUUUCUGACUACGAACCGCUUGCUGCUUGCCAAGACAAGAAGGCUCUCUAUUGCGGAACAGACCUCAUGGCGUGAGAUGAUUACCCAAUAGGCAAAGGUUCCCUCUUGGGCAGAAGAAGUGUUAGAUCCCGUUUUCAUCUUUGUUGCUGUCGGGCCCUGCGCAUUGACCGGAAGACUGUAUAUAGCGCGCCGUGAUGUGUGGUAAACUUUCCAGCAGCAGCACUGUGACCAAUGAGUGGCAGUGUGGUGAUAUUGAAAAAUUGCCGCGACGGGCGGGAGUGCUUUAUUUGUGUUGGAUGUUUUGCUGCCUGGGAAAGCUGGGUAUGCUGGCGCAACUUGAUCGCUAUUACUUUGCUGGAGAUGCGUGUGAUUGAGCUGUGCUUUGCCCCAGUAUCUGCUUUAGGUGGCCGGCACGCUUGUGGAUGACACAUCAUUCGUCCCAUUUCAGCACAUAGGGGCAAAUAUUGCAGCAGAUGGAGUGAUCGGACUGCGGCUCCCACGAGACAAAGCACAUACACGUAGCAAAACAGGGACGUGACGUGACGUGAUCACAUUUUUACAUCACCAGCAUCUGGGUCCAUGGCGAAUGAACACUUCCAAUGUGAGAGUUUCAUGGGCCCCCGAACAAGUGUUGCUUCCGCUGAACGCAUAUUUUCAGACUUCUCAGACCCACAAGUGUCUCGUGAACUUGUAUUCGAUUGGAAUGAUCGGAGCAUUUUUUG